UUGCUCACAAACGGUUGAGCCUUAAGAAACGAGAAAAUCAAAAUAGGAAUUUGCGCAGUGAAAACAGUAAAACGAGUGCUCGCGCCUAAAAGUGGCCAAAGGAUAUGUAUAUGUAUUACUUACUAUCAAGGCCUAAGCUGAAGCAAACGUGUUUGUGUGUGUUAAGGUGGCGUUUAAUAUAAGCGUAUGUAUGUGUGAGUGUGUGAGUGUCUUUGGCGAGGGUUAAGUUCACACGAAUAAAAGGGGCGCAAUUAAGAAAAAUGUGUUGAAAAUUUUAUGAAAAGUGUUUAAAUUAAUGAUUUAAAUGGCAUAUAAAGGAGCUUAGCGCCCAGUAAAUAAUUGAUUUUGCAUGGUAAAUAAGAGUGCGAAAAUGAGUGUGUGAAAAAUUUUAUUCUGCGAAAUGAUUUACCUGCGUGAUGAAGUAAAGGCAUGUGAAACUAAAAUUUUUAUAUAAAAUAAACUUGUCACUAAAUCUACUUUGAUAAAAUGGUCACAAAAUCAAAUAUAAAUAAGUGAAAAUGCUAUUUGUUCAAAGCACCAUAACGCAAAAAUAGUAUACACCCAGUGCAAAUACUCAACUCAAGGUCUCGUAGCGAGUGGCCAAGUUGCAGCAACAGCAACAACAGCGCGCCUCUACCCCACAGUCAGCGCAGUCAAAGCUAAACGUGGCACACACCCACCACCACCACCGCCACCACCCCUUGGCCCCUCUCUAAGCACGACAACUGCACGCCAACAACAAGGCGUCCAUUAUGCGCCGUUCGCACACUCGCGAAAAGUUCACGCAGUGGAAGUUAAUUGACCUUCAACUGUAGUAAAAGCAGCAUUGGUGACAUAGUUACACAGCACAGCACUUCAAUUGGAGUGCCCCUCAUCCAUUAGUUAAAUGUCCGCAUUUUAAGAAAUUUUUAGUCUACAAUGUUUACAUCAAAAAAGAGCAAAUAAACGCUUUUACCUCAAUCCUAAGCUUUAAUUCGCCGACAUCGAUUAUGUGCAACAGCAACAGCAAUUAUGGAAAACUCGCCGUCGAACUCAAUUGAAAAGCAAAUUGAUAAUUUCCUGGAACAUUUCAAGCGCAGCGCCUCAAAGGCAAUGGAGGCCGAUUGGUGCGGCAGUGGUUCGGGCUCAGCCAGUGGUAGCAGCAAUGCGUCCGGUGGUCUAGCGGCUGGUCUAGGUUUAGGCGGCGCUAACGGUGGCGGUGGCGGCGCUGAUGGACUCUGUAGUAGCAUUUUUAGUGGUGUCACUGCAAAUGGCAGUGCUGUCAAUCAAUCGCCGCUACAUCAACCGCAACAUCAGCCAUUACAACAUUCACUCUUGCAACGCACAAAAAGUCGUUCCAGUUGUUUGGAUAUAUCCGAUUUAUCAGAUAAUGACGUCGAGAGCGUACUUGCCGAAUCGCAGGCAAUUGUGAUGAGCGCCUCCCAACAACGCCAACAACAAUUAAUUAAUCAACAUAUGCUCGAAUCUCAAACAUCUGUUAGUAGUGGCGCUUCAAUACAAACCGUGCUGCAUCAGUCGAUGUUCGCGAGUGCAACCAGCACAACUAGUACACAACAACAAAAUUUACAACGUACCGGCAGCAUAUCAAGUAACAACACCACCCCAGCACACCGCGCAGCAACACCCACAAAAACGGCAACGCAACAGCAGAGUGCAGCAGUUAACAGUAACAGUAACGCACUGGCUAACAGCAGCAAUUCGACAUCAACAGCACAGAGUGUUUCAUAUGCCACAGAAGCGUUGAUAACAUUACGACCACAACAAAUACAGCAAACACAACAGCAGUUGCCGCCAGCUGAGUGUAUAAACUCGUUGUUGGAGCAUAUAAGCCCGGCUGCAGCAGCGGCUGCUAUGAGCGGUGAAGGUGUGUUGAAUAUUGCCGAUGUUGCUGAUCUGUUACAUCCGCAACAUGCCAUCAUAACGGGCGGUCGCUCGCAUGGCGGUUGUCCGCUAAUCAUAUUUCCGGAUAAUAACAAUUUCCAUUUGUUGGAGGAAGCGGAUUAUCAGAAGUUAAUUUUAUAUCUCACAUCAGUGCCAUCGCUGCAGGAUACCGAUUUGGGUUUUCAGUUAAUCAUCGAUCGACGGAAAGACAAAUGGACGUCGGUGAAAACAGCGCUACAGAGGAUAUCGAUCUACUUUCCCGGCAUCAUACAUGUAGUUUAUGUGCUGCGGCCAUCGGGACUCUUCCAAAAAGCCAUAUCCGAAGUCAGCACAAAAUUCUCCAAAGAUGAAUAUCGCUUUCGACUGGUAAUCUGUUCGGCGCUCAGUGAUCUGCACGAGUAUAUAGACAAAAGUCAGUUAACAGUCGAUAUGGGCGGAACGUUAAUCUAUUCACAUCACGAGUGGAUACAACAGCGAAUAUCACUUGAAAAAUUCUCUAGUCUCACCCAUCAAGUCUCUACGGAAUUGGAUAUCUUCAUACAAACCAUACACGAUACGGAAUUUCCCAACUCUGUGGAGGCCACGCAAAAGCUAAUUGAUGUGCAAGGCAGUGACUAUGAGCGUUUGAAGGAGGAGAUAUUGGCCGCUGCCAGACAUGGCGAAACUUUGUUGAACAAUAUCAAAGGGAAUGAAGAGAUUAAGGAAUUCUCAGAGCGUACCGGCAAUGUUAGCGCAAUAGAGCGACCCAGUGCAGGGAACAGUGCUAGCAAUCGCCCACCUCAUCAAAUAAUCUAUCAUCAACAAUAUAAAUUCAAAAAACCGCAACAUUUUGAUGAUUGUCGCGAUUAUCGUAGACUGCUGGUGCAGCUGGAGGAGACCGAGCGGCGCUUUGACGAAUUCUGGCGCACACAUCGGAAUCGACUGCAGCAGUGCCUGGAGUUGCGUCGCUUCGAGCAGGAUUUCCGUGAGCUGCAGACCAUUUUCGAUGCCCAUCUGAAAUGCGUCGCUGAAAUGACCGAAAUUGGUGAAAGUGUGGAGCGCGUUGACACUCUGAUGGCCGAUACGAAGCACUAUCAACAGCUCAGUCAGGUGGAUAUCGAGCGUGCUGGUGAGGUGAUUAGCGCCGGUCAACAGCUGCUUGGCGUACGUGGCGUCUAUCCGUGGGAGAUUGUACAACCCAAAUGUGAUGAAUUGCAACGAGUGUGCGAUAUUAUAACAGAGCGUUUGUGCAAGCGUCUGGAGAUACUUACCAAGAAUCGUGAACUUAUGGAGAGAGUAGAAAAGGCUAAUCAAUGGUGCGCCAAUGGUGUGGAGCUUUUGGCCUCACAACGUAUUGAGAAAUGUUCUGCUUCGCCGGAAAUUGCCGAACAGAGCCUACAGGAAAUACAGGCUUUUAUUUCCUCUGCAGCGGAAUUUAAAUUAUCUAGUCCAAGUGAAUUUAAGAAAAUCUUCCUGGAGAGUACAACACCCGAAACCAAAGCACUUGUAUCACAACUUCACCCAUCAGUCCUCUAUAUCAGCGUUUCACUGUAG